ACAGGAAGUGGAGCUGCUUCCGGUUUCCACGCCCUCUCUCAGCUGAUCUCGGCUGUUUGCAAACAAACACGAGCUGCGUGGAUUCUGUCCGAGCUCCUCUCUGCUCCUCUCUGCUCCUCUCAGCUCCUCCGAGCUCCUCCACCAUGGAGGGACACGAAGACAUCAUCGAGCAGCAGGUCGAGGAGCCGGUGGAGCGGAAGGAGACGAGGAGCCACGCCGCCUCCUCCUCCUCGUUCCUGGGCAGCGUCAGUCCGUCCGAGCGGGACGAACCGAGCAGCACCCAGUCCUCCCACAGACUGCUGGCCUACAGCGAUGCUCUCAUCUCCAUCAUCGCCACUGUCAUGAUUUUACCUGUGGCCCACACGAAGGUGGAGGAUGACGAGGAGUUGAGACAAAGCGUUCAGCUUCUGCUCACGACUAAGAUCGCUGUUUACUUAAUGACCUUCCUGAUCGUGACUGUUGCGUGGGCGGCUCACAUCAGGUUGUUUCAAGUGAUUGUGCGCAUCGAUGACUGCCUCGCCUUGUUGAACCUCGCCUGCAUGAUGCUGAUAACCUUCCUACCGUACACAUUUUCUUUAAUGGCGACUUUCCCCGAGAAGAUCCUCGGGAUUCUCCUGUUCUGUGGUUGUGUGAUGGUGACCGGUGUCAUUCAGUCGGUGAUCGUGUUGUACGCAUUCAGUCGCCCGUUCCUCCUGAACGAACAGAUUCAGAUCUCAGAGAACCAGACGUUCUAUAAACACCACAUCCUCAAAGUCAUCAUGAGAGUUCCCCUCAUGUGCCUCUUCGCCAGCAUCUUCUCCGUCAUCUUCUUCCAGCUGUCCUACGUGCUGUUAGCCAUAGUUAUCUUCCUGCCGUACAUCUCCCAGUGUCUGAAGUGGUGCCGCAGCAAAGCAAUCGGUCACGUGGACGAGUCUCCAGACUCCAUGUUGUUCUACACCUUCCUGCCUGAUGAACCGCUCAGUAAAGAACGAGUGGAGGCUUUCAGUGACGGGGUUUACGCCAUCGUAGCAACGCUGCUCAUCUUGGACAUAUGCGAGGACAACGUUCCAGACCCGGCCGUUGUAAGGGACCAGUUUGGCGGCAGCCUGGUAGCAGCUCUGCAGGUCUACGGUCCAGAGUACCUCGCCUACUUCGGUUCCUUUGCCACCGUCGGCCUCCUCUGGUUCGUCCACCACUCGCUCUUCCUCCACGUCACCAAGACAACGCGCUUCAUGGGCCUGCUGAACACCUUCUCGUUAGCAUUUGUCGGAGGUUUACCGUUAGCCUACCAGCUAACGCACGAAUUCUCGCCGAACUCCCGGAACGAACUAGAAGCCAUUCAGAUUAGCUGUGUGAUUAUUUUCUUCGCAGGUAUAUUUCAGCUCACCAUUUGGGUGGUCGCUCUUUACAAUGAGCAGGAAACUCUGCACCCGUAUGUGCGGUAUGGCGGACGGGAGCAUGUGUUCAUGCUAGCCAAGCUUGCUCUGUACCCCUGCAUAGCAUUAGGGACAUUUUUCCUCACAUGUAUUCUUAGUAAAUUUAGCGCUUCAAUUUUCCACCUGAUGGAGAUCACGGUGCCUUUUGCCUUUCUGGCGUUGAGGCUGUUGGUGCGUGUCCUGCUAGCGCUGCUGCGGCAGAUUUUCUGUCCGUAUAGGUCCGACCUGAGGACGAUUGUAGAGGAGGAAGAUGACGAGACCAGAGUGCCAUUCAACGCUUUAAUUACAUAACUUAGCUCAAAGCGAAAUAGUUGGUUUCUGAAAGUUAGUUACGACCUCUCAUCAGGAGCCUGUCGGGGUUUGAAUCAGGAACAAAGUGGGAAGUGGAUUUUUUCUCUUUUUAGCAUUUAAAGUGGUUCAAAUCUUGAGAGGCGAUCGAUAAGAUGUGACCACGUGUUGAAGGUGAAACAUGGAGCCUGUAGAGGUGAAGGAACCUGGUGGUGGAGCAGAGUAGUGAAGGAUACUGACAGCCGAAGCCUCUCCACUCAUUUAGUCCUUUUACUGGAGAUAUGCCAACGCCGUCAUCUUAAAGCACCCACAGCCUUUUUUUAAUUAUUCAACACACAAAUUCAACAGAGCGGGAAAAAAAACAGGUUUUUAUAAUUACGGUUCAGUUUCUGUGCCGAUCGAACUGCUUACGCUUUAAAAUCAGUUCCGACACGUUGAGCUGCAGAGAUUCAAACACGAGCGCUGAUUGGCAGAACAGAAUUUCUAAUUACUUUGCUCAAGGGCGCCGACAAAGGGAAGUUGGUUUUCCAGAUUUUUGCUCAAAUACUAGAUUGGGUUAGGAUUUGGGUUUAAGUCGGGAGCGUCGGGCACUUUAAACGUCACGCUGAACGUGUAUCGCCAUUUCAAAUUGCACUAAUCUCAAAGUAUUAAGAUGUUUGUGUGUCAUAGCAGCAGGAAUGUGAUCUCAACUUUUCAAUGACACCGUCAUAUUCCCUCCACUUUUAUCCUUUAAUAAGAAAUGUACUGAAAUGAGAAAACUGUGGAUUCAACAGCAGAAGCGUGGGAUCGUUAUCACGCAGGGCUGCUUGUUGAUUGUAGUUUCAGACGUUCAGUUCUUGAAGACUCUUUGAUUUAAACGUCAACCUAAAGUGAUUUAAGUCUGUUUCUGCUUGUGUGGACAGGUUUAACCAGAAGGUGUCACUGUUGUGUGUGUCCUGAGCUGCUGCUGUGAUGAUGUCAUGUGCUAUAAUGUACUGAUGUGUUUUAUAUUGGCUCAACUCUGAAAUUGCACUUUAACGGAAAUCUGUCACGUGACGGAGGAGAGUUCGUAACCUUAGCAACAACAGAGUUCGGAAGAGCGACAACAAGAAAACGUUGGAUUAGCAUUUAAUCUGACAAUUGACGUAUGUUUGGUGUUUGUUUUGUUUUGUGUCUCGUUUAAACUCUGGUUUGUUUUUAAGUUUCUUGCACGGAUUCAUUAAGAAGUCGUCAUUGUCCCUUUAUUGUGACGAUAAUGGACCCAAACCUUUGUCAGUUUGAUAAAUUAACGAACAUAUCGAACAUAAUGUAUUUAAAGCCAUAUUUUAACGAAGUCCUAACGAUAGCACUCUCAUCUUUACUUUUAUUUUUUAUAAUGAUCUUUCUCUUGUCAUCUCUUUGUUUUGUUUUUGAAUGAAAAGCUUGUUGAUAUUUGAUAUUUUUGGUGUUUGUCUUGUUUUAAGUCGUCUUUGGUUUAGUUUGACACGUCCACCACGAAUUAACUAUUUGAUCAAGGAAUCAUUUAUUUUGUUGUCAUUCAUCAAAUUGUUUUUUUUUUUUACCUUUUCACCUCAUGUCAACGGCUGCAUGUGAAUAUUGUAAUCUUGUCUCAGCCGAAAGCGUUAUGCUUCAGGUUGUCCGUCCACACUGACCACGUUACUGUGUUUCAGUUGACAAAGGACAAGGUCACAGUGACCUUUACAUGUUUGUAGAAAUAUAGACACAGAAACUGAACUGGUUGGCGAAGGAAUACAACCACACUGCUGUAAUUCUAGUUUUCUCUUGUCACUCCUCCGACGUUGUUCAGUGUUGAUUGAGACAGAUUUCUAUUGUCAAAGCGUCGAUGUCUAUUUAUUAGUUAGUUAGUUAGUUAUUGCUUCACUAGUCCAAACUCGGAAUCCGUCUUUUCACGCGUCUUUGUUUUGUGAAUAAAUCUGAAAUUGUUCACUUUAACCUGAAA